AUGGCAUCCCUGACCUCUUCCAGCCGCAGGUCGUCCUCGUCCUUCCACUCAUCGUCGCGUUACAGCACGUCCAGCUCCUUCAGGUCGGAGGGCUCACUGGGCGGAUCCUCAUCUGAUUCUCUGGAUCCACUUUUUGAGCCGUUUCUUGACUCUGCUGAUUACUCCGGUCUGUUUGCAGAGGAGGGCCCCGGAGGUCCAAACUGUUUGGCCCCCUUCAGCAGACACAGCCGAUCCUCCUUCGGACAAUCUGCUCCUGCAGGUGGCGCUGUGACAGCCAGGGAGAGCAGUACAGGUGGCGGCGUGCGUUGCCUGGGGGACAGCUACUACAUGUCAGCUGAUGUCAGCCAAUUUGAGCCGCAUGACAUCGUGGUGAUGGCCUACAACCACCACGUCGUCAUUCAUGCCCAGAAGAUCCUCGACGACGGAGGCGUCAGUGCCACAUUCACCCAUAAGUCCCUGUUCCCAGAGGAUAUGGACCCCUUGUCUGUCAGUGGAAACAUUCAUCCUGAUGGCACUCUGGUUGUGAGCGUCCGCCGGACAGCAGCACUGGGUGAACCGGAGCCCCCGGCUGUCCCAAUCUAUCGCAGUGAAGCUCAUCUUUGAUCCACCCCUGUACUUCACUGUACAUCACCUCCUGAUGUUUAGUGACUGGCAGAUGAUGAAGUUGUGAUUUUUAAAUCUUAAAGUUUGUGAAGGAGAAGUUACCGCUGAAUGGAUGCUAACUGUUUGUCCUAAUAAUCAGUCCAGCAGACAGACUGCUUCUAUAUUUGUGGUUAAAAUGUUUGAUCCCGAGAGGAUGACUCCCAGUGAUGACAGUGAGCCUGGGCACCUCUGUCUGGU